CAUAAAGUCAUUGUGUGAACAUUAACAAAUAAAAGGAAAUCAUCAGUUGUUAAUCCGAGCACGAUAACUCAAAUGUCGGGUCGAGUGGUUGUGCUAGUGAACCACACCAGCCGAGUCAUUCACCUGAAAGAGAGCCGCCGGUUUGCUCCUGAUGGUGUUUAUUCACACACAAUCCAACUCGACCCUUUUGGUCACAAGAAGAAGAUCGGUGCCAACAUGUUCCACCGCCGGGCCAAGGAAGCUGCUAGGCCAACUGUUAUCAGAAUUUUCGUUGAUGGUGUUGAGUGCAUCAACAAGAUUCUUACCCCGCAAGCGUUCAUUGAUUUUUUUCAGAUCUCCUUCUGGAUUAACGAAGAAGGAGAAGUUAUUGUUAGAGGGUUUAGAGCAACACACACCGCCGAUCAACUUCAGAGGAUUAGGCUUAUUGGCUCUCUGAUUAAGGGCUUGCGCUCUCUACUUGGAAGCGAUGACCGCGGAGGCCAAGAGGAGGAUAUUGCUUGAAGCCUUUCCUAACCCAAUAAAAUUAUACCCACAACUUUGUAUACAAAUAACGAUAUGUCACCAUGAAA